AUGCGAGCAAUCAGGAGGGCCGUUAUUAUCGGCAACGGUUUUGCCGGUGCUGAAAACCAGUGCAUUGGCUUGGUUCGAGCUUUGGGCCUCUCUAACAAUUACAUUCUAUAUCGUGUUAGUCGGCCGAGAGGGGGAAUCAACGAAAGGCUUCAUUGGCUGCCGGUUUCCGUUCACAAACGAUUGGAUCACGCCAUUAAGUGGAUUAGUGGAAAGCAAGUGGUACCUUUUCCAUCUCAAGGGAAGGAUGUUUUGGAGGCGGAUGCAACGAGUAUAGCCAAAUUGGCUCAAGAGACGUUGAAAAGGGAUGGCCCGCUUUUGGUGGUUGCUUCGGGUCGUGAUACCAUUGCUGUUGCAAGUUCUGUUAAGCGGUUGGCUCCCCAAAAUGUUUUUCUUGUUCAGAUACAACAUCCACGAUCUCGUCUGAAUCGAUUUGAUCUCGUGAUAACACCUGAACACGAUUAUUACCCGUUGAUGCCAGAGGCACAGGAACAAAUCCCAUUCUUUCUAAGAAGGUGGGUGACACCUCGGAAUCCUCCGGACAAAAAUGUGGUCCUUACAGUGGGGGCCCUUCACAGGGCUGAUUCUGAUGCCUUGAGAAAUGCAGCUUUUGCUUGGCAUGAUGAGAUGGCAUGGCUGCCUAAGCCCCUUCUUGUAGUGUCUGUUGGGGGGCCUACACAUCUGGCAAGGCAGCUGACAGACUCAUUGAAGAGUGUUCUUCAGACAUGUGGGAGCCUCAGAAUAUCAUUUUCUCGUCGAACUCCAAAGAUUAUAAUGGACGUCAUUACGGAUGAAUUGUCAGACCAUCCUAAAGUCUAUAUAUGGAAUGGUGAAGAAAGCCAGAAAGAUGUUGCUAGGGUUCUUUUAGAAGCUGGCUUCACUUCAAGUCACUACUAUCCAAAUCCACACAUGAAGCCUGUAUACGUAAUUGGUGCUGAGCGGUGCACAUGGAAAUUCUCUCAUUUUCUCAAAACCCUGCAGAGAAGAGGAGCCAUUUCAGAUAAAUGGCUCUAUACCCCACUGAAUGACACUGAAAAUGCAGCCGAUGAAGUGAUUAAGGCUCUUGCAGAACGUGGGUGGAAAUUGAUGCCUCAUUGAGUUAACGGAUAUAGGCUCGAGCCUCGUUUGUGAUUUUUCCUACAAAACCGGGAAAACAAUUUGUCGUUCUGUAUUGAAAGCCUGUACACAAUACUUAUAAAAUCGACAUGGUUGAUCGGGAUUCACCUUGCGUUGGCUUCCGCAAAAUGAAAUCUAAUGUUUUGUCUCCAUUUUUUCAUUCUGUUUUCAUGUACUAUAUGUCCUAAUGCAAACUAUGUCAUUGUGCUAAGAACUCUUUAACGUUGUGUAACAACGUAUGCAGCACUUUGCUCUUUGGUGGAUUAGUUAAAAUACGUUAGUUGAGUAAUCACUUGAACGUUGUUUCAUUCCCUUUAUUUUUCAUGCUAUAUUUGUGUUUUACCGAAUAAAAUAAAUAAAAAACGAGAAGGA